CGCCCAGCCGAGCGAGCGCCGCGUGCCAGGGGCGCCCCGCGCGGGAGCCAUGACCCUCCGCCGCCUCAGGAAGCUGCAGCAGAAGGAGGAGGCGGCGGCGGCCCCGGAGCCCAGCACCCGGGCCCCCGCCGCCACGCCGGCCUCGGGGCCCCCCGCCGCCGCCGCCAGUCCCGGGCCGCCGGCCGACGAGCUGUACGCGGCGCUGGAGGACUAUCACCCCGCCGAGCUGUACCGCGCGCUCGCCGUGUCCGGGGGCACCCUGCCCCGCCGCAAGGGCUCAGGGUUCCGCUGGAAGAAUCUCACCCAGAGUCCAGAGCAACAGCGGAAAGUGCUGACUUUGGAGAAGGAGGAUCACCAAACCUUUGGCUUCGAGAUCCAGACUUACGGCCUUCACCAUCGGGAAGAGCAGCGUGUGGAGAUGGUGACCUUUGUCUGCCGUGUGCACGAGGCCAGCCCUGCCCAGCUGGCUGGGCUCACGCCAGGGGACACCAUCGCCAGCGUGAACGGCCUGAACGUGGAAGGCAUCCGGCACCGGGAGAUUGUGGACAUCAUCAAGGCGUCGGGCAACGUCCUCAGACUGGAAACCCUGUAUGGGACGUCGAUUCGCAAGGCUGAACUGGAAGCCCGGUUGCAGUACCUGAAGCAAACCCUGUAUGAGAAGUGGGGCGAGUAUAGGUCCCUCAUGGUGCAGGAGCAGCGGCUGGUGCACGGCCUCGUGGUCAAGGACCCCAGCAUUUAUGACACACUGGAGUCGGUGCGUUCCUGCCUGUACGGGGCUGGCCUGCUCCCUGGCUCUCUGCCCUUUGGGCCUCUGCUCGCUGCGCCCGGGGGUUCCCGCGGGGCUGCUCGACGAGCCGGGGGUGACACCGACGACACCGUCUAUCACACGUGCUUCUUCGGAGGCACAGAGCCACCAGCGCCCCAGCUGCCGCCGCCACCACCUCCUGCCCGCACACUGGGUCUGGGCCCAAACCCAGUCGAAGCCCCAGCCACUGGGCCGGGCCCCGGGCCACGGGCUGCACUCAGCCGCAGCGCCAGUGUGCGGUGCCCGGGCCCGGCAGGUGGCGGUGGGGGUGGGGGUGGUUCGCUCUGGACUGAGGCCCGGGAGCAGGCCCUGUGCGGCCCAGGCCUGCGCAAAACCAAGUAUCGCAGCUUCCGCCGGAGGCUUCUCAAGUUCAUUCCCGGACUCAACCGCUCCCUGGAGGAGGAGGAGAGCCAGCUGUAGGGGUGGGUGGGCAAGUUGGCGGGGGAGGUAUUUAUUUAUUUAUUCAUAAUGGGCAAGGGCCCAAGGGGCCUGGGAGUGGGGUGUCCGUGGGCCAGAAGCAUCCUGGAGCAGUGGGACAGUGUCCUGGCUAGCCCAGGUGUGUCCCUGCCGAGCAAGUAGGCUGCCUGGACCCCUUCUCUCCUGUCUUAAGUCGCAGGAGGGGAACAGACCUAAUCUGGGAGAGGUUUUGUAGGGAUACGGGGUGGGAUGUGCCACCUCUUCAGCCUGGGCUGGUAGUGCCUUGUGGGGUGUUCAGGGCUGCCACCCCCUCCCUGCAAGGGGCCGGGGUGCCUGUCCCACGAAGCCCUCUCCUCAGCUUUACUUGCUCCCUGGCUCCCCCGACCUGUGACUGGCCCCCACCACCCCCUUCCUGUUUCUGUGUAUGAAUACACACAGUUGCCAAGGGUCUUGGGGGGGAGGGAUGGCAGGUGCUGGGCCCCCCAUCACUCCUUCCCCUCUUGGCCAGACAUGUCCUAAGGGCUGGGCUCCUCUCCCCAGGGGCCUGUACGUGAGGCCCAGCCCGGGUGGGGGCCGCGAAGGAGUGGGGGGUGGGGGCAGCACAGACUGUUCCACCACUUUUUGCAUAUUGUUGCUUAUGAACCACAAACUGUAUAAAAUUGAC